AUGUCAUCACAUCAUUAAGAGAGUUUACCUCAAAUAAGAUCAUUUAUGGUUGAGAGAAAUGCUUACUUAAUAGAUUUAACGAAAAGAACCAUAAUAAAAAAAGGCAAUUAAUCAAUCAAAUUUAAGCUACCAAGCUUGAGUUAGAGAUAAUCAAUAAUUACAAUCAGAGAUCCUCCAUAAAUUAAACAAAAAAGGGACUCAUUAACUGAAAAUAUUAGAAAAAUUCUUGUAUAUCAAUAUACCUAACUUAGGAUUAUUAAUCUCCUUAAUUCACUUUGAAAAGAAUGUUAGAAAAAAAAGUAAAAACAGUGACAUUUCUUUGA